GGGAUGCAUAAUUGCAGAUAUUAAUUAGCACAAACAGGACCACGAGAUCCAUUAUUUGGGUCUUGUUCAGGACGGUUAAGCUUGUAAUUACAGUUGUCUAGAAUGGCACGAAUUAGGACAAGCUUUGUAAGACCAUCCAUAUCAUUCCUCGGGGAAACCCAAUACCAGUGCUGAGGUGAUAGCACCAUUGUCUUUCGCUUUAUGAGUAAGCCCACUUUUUGUUGCUGCUGAACGUCGUAUCUCUAAAUAUUAUGGGGGUUUGCAUUGGAUGGGGUAUUUCGUUUGAAAUAGCGGGAAUUCAAUGUAAGGCGUGGACACCAAAGGUGUCUAUGGAGUAUUCGUGGUUUUCAUAAACUCAAUGUCUUGGCCCUGGUAUUCCUGGCUCUGCAACAGUUGAACAAAUAUAUUAUUUCACCCAGCGGUUGGAGCAUAGUUCCCUCGUAUUUGUAAUAAUAACAUUUGUUCGUUGAGGAGAACAAAGCAAACUGUGUCUAUGAGCGGACUGUGAGUAAGCAACAUGACACCGAUCUCCGCUGCAAGGCCACGCUGUAAGACAAAGUGUAGCCAUCCCUUGCAGCAGAACCAGUUGCCAUACUUUUUAAGGCACGCUUCGGACUGCAAAACUGACACCCAGUUCGUAGUCUUAAAUCCACUUCCCCAACAAUGCUUUCGCUACUUAAAAUCUUACUAUUUUCUAAAGCCCUGUCUAUACGAGUCAAUUCGCUCCCACAACAGAGUAGCUGUUCUGGAAUUCAUGUAUUCGGUGCCCGCGAAACAUUCGCACCUGAUGGUUUUGGCGCAGCCGGGGACAUUGUAAACCUUAUACUUGAAGCCCAUCCAAGUGCCACGUCUGAGGCGAUCGAUUACCCAGCUGCAGGGGGGGAUUUUAAUGCUUACUCUGUUCGGCGGGGAGCUCAGGCAGUUGCUACCCAAGUCAGUGAUUAUGCAAAUCGCUGCCCGGAGACGAAACUUGUGUUGGUUGGCUAUUCGCAAGGCGCCCAUAUAAUCGAUGAUGCUAUGUGCGAAGGUGGAGAUACAUACAUGGGAAUAAGCAAUAUCACUGCGCCCAUCCCUAUUGCCGUUGGUUCCCAUGUCAAGGCGAUGAUCUGGAUGGGUAGUCCUCGCCAUACGCCGGGGGCACCAUACAAUGUGGGGACAUCAAAUGCUCCGGGCUUCGAUCCGCGCCUGACUGGCCAGAUAUGCGCUCCCUACACCAAUAUCAUACAGUCGUAUUGCGACGACGCAGAUCCAUAUUGCUCCGAUGGAGAUAAUGAGACAUUGCAUAUGAAUUAUGGCCAAACUUACGGCCUGGCUGCAUUACAGUUUGUCAACAACCAGCUGAGUCAGAAAACACGAGAACGUCAUUCUUUACUAUAAAGAUGACGGGAAGGACUGCUAAGAGUGGUACGUUUUUGGGAAAUAUUAUCUCGCAUGUGCUUGGUUUUGCGAAUCCGUUACUACCCUGACAGUCUCCCAAAAAAAUGCACUGUGAAUUGCCCUAGGCUGUCGAUGGCUAUGAGUUUGGCCGACUAGUUGAAUGUACCAAGCAAAGUAUAUAUAUAAACAUGGCAUAAACAAAUCAUACACUGCAAGAGCUAUCUAGCCACAUAAUCACAAGAAUUUUACGACAGCUGGUCCGAAAUAGGAUAGAGUUUGCCCUUCCUUCACGAGCCGGCUUGUACAAGAAACUAUAUAGGCAAGCCAUGGUGAUGUAUAUAUGGAAGAGAGAAGAAAAUGAAAGAAGGAAUAGGGAAUACAUUCACGGUGGAAAAAAA